CUGCAGUUAUAAACUCGCUGCCCACCGCCUCAGCUCUUCCCUCUCACUCCACUGCCGCAGAGGUUCUUCAACCCCCACCUCUUACACCCCCAUAUACCCAAUUGCAACUUCAAAUCCGCCACAAUGAAGUGCUCCACCAUCUGCGCUGCGUUCUUCGCCGCCGUCGUCGCGGCCUCUUCAGAUGUCGUUCAGCUGAAGACGGACACAUUCAAGGAGUUCGUCCAGGAGAACGACCUUGUCCUCGCAGAGUUCUUCGCACCAUGGUGCGGCCACUGCAAGGCCCUCGCCCCUGAGUACGAGACUGCUGCCACCACACUUAAGGAGAAGGACAUCAAGCUCGUCAAGGUCGACUGCACAGAAGAGCAGGAUCUCUGCCAAGAGUACGGUGUAGAGGGCUACCCCACCUUGAAGGUCUUCCGUGGCCUCGACAACAUCUCGCCCUACGGCGGUCAGCGCAAGGCUGACUCUCUGAUCUCAUACAUGACCAAGCAGGCUCUGCCCGCUGUCUCUGAGGUCACCAAGGACACCCUCGAGGAGUUCAAGACCGCCGACAAGGUCGUCCUUGUCGCCUACUUCGCCGCCGACGACAAGGCCUCCAACGAGACCUUCAACUCGGUCGCCAACGGUCUCCGCGACAACUACCUCUUCGGUGCCACCAACGAUGCCGCCCUCGCCAAGGCUGAGGGUGUCGAGCAGCCCGGUCUCGUCCUCUACAAGUCGUUCGACGACGGCAAGGACGUCUUCACUGAGAAGUUCGAGGCUGAGGCCAUCAAGUCCUUCGCUUCCGUCGCUGCCACUCCUCUCAUCGGCGAGGUUGGCCCUGAGACAUACGCUGGUUACAUGGCUGCUGGCAUUCCCCUCGCAUACAUCUUCGCUGAGACUCCUGAGGAGCGCGAGCAGCUUGCCAAGGACCUGAAGCCCCUCGCUGUCAAGCACAAGGGCGCCAUCAACUUCGCUACCAUCGACGCCACUGCCUUCGGCCAGCACGCUGGUAACCUCAACCUCAAGCCCGGCACAUGGCCCGCCUUCGCCAUCCAGCGCACCGACAAGAACGAGAAGUUCCCCUACGACCAGGACCUUAAGAUCAACGAGAAGGAGAUCGGUACUUUCGUCGAGGAUUUCCUCGCUGGCAAGGCCGAGCCUUCCAUCAAGUCCGAGCCCAUCCCAGAGUCUAACGACGGCCCCGUCACCGUCAUUGUCGCCAAGAACUACAAGGACGUUGUCAUCGAUAACGAUAAGGACGUUCUCGUUGAGUUCUACGCUCCUUGGUGCGGCCACUGCAAGGCUCUUGCUCCCAAGUACGAGGAGCUUGGCCAGGCUUACGCCUCUUCUGAGCUCUCUAAGCUCGUGACCAUCGCUAAGGUUGACGCCACCGCCAACGACGUUCCCGACGAGAUCCAGGGCUUCCCUACCAUCAAGCUCUUCCCCGCUGGCAAGAAGGACGCCCCCAUCGACUACUCCGGCUCCCGCACUGUUGAGGACCUCGCCCAGUUCAUCAAGGAGAACGGUUCCCACAAGGCUGCCGGUGUCUUCGCUGAGGCCGCUGAUGCCGUCGAGGAGGGUGCUGAGGAGCUUGCUGAGCAGGCUAAGGCCGCCAGCGAGUCCGGCAAGUCUGGUGCUGAGGAGGCCACAAAGUCCGCCAAGUCUGGCGCGUCCGAGGCUUCCAAGUCUGCCACAUCCGGUGCAUCCGAGGCCUCCAAGUCUGCUUCGUCUGGCGCAUCUGAGGCUACCGAGUCCGCUUCCAGCGCUGCCUCCGGUGCCGCUUCCUCAGUCAAGUCGGCUGCUUCUGGCGUCGCUGAGGCUGUCAAGAGCGCUGCCGCCGGUGUCGUUGGUGACGAGGAGAUUCACGACGAGUUGUAGAUCUUCCCUUCCGCCUCCUGUCUUUUAGCGAUUGUUUAGUUGGUUUGAUAUCCUCUACGACGUCUUUCUUUUACAAGACGGGGAUGGAUAAAAGCUUGUAACGAUUUACAUGGGUCAUGUGCAAGUACCUAUUCUUCUUGGGUCAGGUUAGGAUAUCAUGGGUAGCUAUAUAGCUCAAUGGAGUUCCGGAUCGAAACGUUC